UUCGACGUCAUGAUCAACACUUGAAGAGCUCGACCAAUUGACGUUCACGAACUUCCAGUGGAUGCCCGUUCCCUCGACCGGACGAUUGCCGAAACCGCAUUGCAACGUACUUAUGGCACAAUUGCGGGACUACUUGCACACUGCAGUACCAGCUCCGUUGAUGGACGCCGGAGCAGAGGUUGUCGACCUUCACACUUUCAUCGCGAAGAUCGACCGCGAGUUCAAGACGCAACGCAAGCCCCGCAACCGCAAUCCCUAUGGCGAGUUACACCCGAUGCCUAUCCCACGGGGACCCGAUCUCUCCAUUGCCAUGGACGUCACCGGUCCGUUUCCUCGCGACCGGAUCGGGCACGGCGGCAUCCUCACGGUUGUGGACCGAUUGAGUAAGUACGCACGUUUUCUCCCUUGCAACUACUACUCCACAGCUCCCGAGCUGGCACGCUUCCUGCACACUGGUUGGAUUUGUGGCCACGGUAUACCAGAAGACAUUGUCAGCGACCGCGACACUCGUUUCAUGUCGGCGUUUUUGACUGCUCUCAUGCAGGAGUCCGGCACAACAAUGAAACCAAGUUCGGCUCGACAUCCUUGCACAGACGGGCAGACGGAACGGGCACAUCAAACCGCUCAAUUGACGCUUCGUACGCUCAUCCGUCCGGACCAGAAAGAUUGGGUUGACUGCCUCCCCGACAUCGAGUUCGCCUACAACACUUCGGUGCAUCCGGCGAUCGGCGUGACUCCAUUCGAGUUGCACCACGGUGGACGGAAAGGCCGGAUCUUCGCCGACCUUCUCCUCCCUCGACCAGCCGACAUUGACGCUGCGAACACUUCGGUGCAUCCGGCGAUUGGCGUGACUCCAUUCGAGUUGCACCACGGUGGACGGAAAGGCCGGAUCUUCGCCGACCUUCUCCUCCCUCGACCAGCCGAUAUUGACGCUGCCUGCUCUCCCGCUUCCGUCCGGAAGUACAGGGAAUUGCUGACUCAAGCCUGCGCAAAUAUGCAAAAGGCUCCAGUCCGCAUGCAGCAGCAAGCCAACAAGCGUUGCGUACCAUGUCCCAUCCGCGCCGGUGAUCUGGUUUGGGUCUCCGCGGAAGAGUUUGCACUGGAACAGGAUGUUUCACGAAAACUGCUUCCCAAGUGGUUUGGACCUUGGUCUGUGACAGCAGUCGCGGCGAUGAGCCCGAUGGCCCUUCAUUUGUGAUCAACAUUCCAGAGCAUCUGACGGUCCAUUCGGUCUUCCACGCCUCGAAGCUGGCAACAUACACGCCACCCAAGAGCGAC